UGUCGCUGCUGGGGCAAAGAAACAAAUGUUAUGAAGCUACAGCUGAUCACAUCAGGUCCGGUAAACUUAUUGUAGUUAACUCUACUACUGUACUGAAUUAGUAUUUGAACACAGAGAAAUGGUAGCUUAUGAGUUUGUCCACCAGUAACUACAAUUCCCAGAAAUCCCCUUGAUAACGUAACGUACGCACUUUCUAGAACCUUGACGACUCUUCUGCCGCGAGCUAACGUCAUAAACCUACUCGUUCACACGACACUUUACGUUACAGGGCCGUUAGUUAAUUUAAAGGGAAUAUCUGCUCAUAGAGUGCAAUAUAGCAUUAUGUUUUUAGUAUUUUAACAUGCAGUCGCCACUGUUGGGAACUCAGGAAUAUACGCCAAAGGAAAACCAGGAAAGCUGAACGGAGACUAAGUUGCUAGCAAAACAUCAACAACGGCACAAACACCGAGGGGCAGGACAGCUGUACAGAUCCCCUGUCGGUGUCUGGCUGUGUCUCUCCUCAAAUCUAUUCUUCAAUCAUCAUGCAUCGUUCUGUCCCCACAAGCGGUGAUUUGGGGUUCCUUCCAGCCAUGUAUUCAUUUUCGGGCCCAACAAAUCUGCCAGAGUUUGACCUCGGGCCUCCGAGUACAUCUGGACAUCUACAGAGAGGACCACACUCUAACAACUGGGAGACACGGUGCCUCAGGAAACACAGACGGAGAGUUGAUGAUGAAGGAUGCAGUGCCAAAAGGCGGCGGUUAAUGGUGGAGACAGAAGUAGACAUUUUGAACAACUCUAGCAGGAGCACGUCCACUGAGUGGCCUGCUGCAAACAGCUGCUCUUCUGUGUCUGCACAGCAAGCUAGUCCAACACUUCCACAGCUCUGCCCAGCACCUCAAACCAUGACUUUAUCACAACCCUCUGCCCUGCCCAGACCUGAGACAGACAGCUCAUGCAUGGAGAUAGAAGCAGCUCAGAGGAAACUUCAAGAGAUUGAAGACAGAAUAACGCUGGAGGAUGAUGAUGAGGAUGAGGACCUAGAUGCAGAGCCAGCCCCAAGACGGCCGGUACUAGUGAUUUCUGACAGUUUGAAGGAAGGUCUACAACGUGGCAUCAGUGAUAUCCUCCCUCACACUGUAGCCCAAUCUGUGAGCCAUUCCUGUAUGGAGUUAGUCUUGUGGCGGCCACCAGACGAUCCCUUCUGUCGGAGGCUAAAAGGCUCUUUACAGAAACAGCGUAAACAACAGACUGUGUCCCGUCAACCUCCCACUCCAUGCCCAUCUCCCAGCCCUCACACCUCCCUUAGCCCUUCCAGUCCUCCAGCAGACACACACUCUCCUCUGUACAGCUUCCCUGUUGCCCACAGCUCUGGAGAGGAAGACAUGGAAAUGUAACAGAAUUGAAAUGUUCCACCAAAGCAAAAGACUGUGAAAAACCUGUUUGAGUUCGGUCUGUUUGGUAUCUUGGCUUCACAGUCAUGUAGUUCUGUUCAGGACAGUGAAAUUAAUCUUUUGUUUAAUGAAAACUCUUCUGGUUUCAUCGUCUGAUA